CUACUAACCUAGGUUUAAUGUUUAAUUCUUCUUAUCACUGCGGUUACCAAGCAACCAUUUCAGAAAACAAUUAUAUACUAUGAAUAUGAAUACUACGAAAAUAAUAUUCUCGAUAAUUAAUUGACAAUAGAAAAACAAAAUGAAAUUCGAAAUAAAAUGGAGCUUUCAAAGACUAGAUACACAUUAACAUUAACCAUUCAAAUUGGAUUAAUAUUCUGCGAUUUGUUAUUCAACACAUUUUCUUAUCAUUUUUCCUACAACAAUGGAUUACUCCUGUUGAUAUUUUUGUUACAAGAUUUUAUUCAAUUAUUUACUUUCGUUGUAAUGUUAAUAACUUUUUUCCAAACUAAUGUGUUCCAAGCUGGUUUUAUGACAAUACUAUGCGAAAAAUUCUGGACAGUUUUAACAGCAUCUCUUCUCUAUGUGAUUCUUACAAUCGUAUUACACGCUUGGACGUUGAUAAUUCGUUGGAAUGGCGAAUCAAUUGUGAAUUCGUGGCCGCUCGGUUUCUACAUAUGUUUUACACUACACAGACUAAUUAGUGUCAUUUACUACUACAUUUACAAAAGGACAGCUCUUCGAAUCAGUGACCAACGGUUGUACGAAGACGAAUGGAUUAAUCAUAUCGUUCACCAUCGGAAUUUAUAAUGACCUUAAUAAUUAGUCACGGUGGGCUCAUCGUGAAUAAAUCUGAACGCGUAAAGAUAUAUUCUGUAAUAUACGUAAACGUAUGUAUAUGUGAGGUAAUACUUCACGAAUGAGUAACAUAAUUGUAUAAACAAUAACGAAAAAAAAGACCAAAAAACAGCAUCGUUCAGGAAACACUGGAAGUUAUAAAAUUUUCUAAAAGUACAAUUUUUUACGAGUAAUAUACUUACUACAUAAUAUAGAAACUUUUAUAUUAAUAAUACGCAUUGGUUCUUAGCAGGUAAAAAAAUACCUGUAAAUAAAUUUUUAAAGCGAUUUUUUUUCAACUAUUCUAUACGUAAAAUGAAAGACAAAAUAAUAAA